GAAGCAGGCUCUUCAUUGAAGCCGUCUCUUGAAUGAAACUUCUUUAUUUGUGUUCGCAGAAAGGAGAACGCUGUGGAUCAAUCGACAGGAAAGGUACCUGAAUGUUCCAAACGCACUAUCUACCAUUCCCUCUCAAGCAGGACGAACAUCAUUAUCUUAUCGGUAAUGCUUAGGCCAUGCAAAGAGGCCAGCUUCUUUAAUUACACAGUGACGUAUUUCUGUUCGCUAUCUGGCAUUGGUUCACCAAGACGAGUUAGCUCUAAAUCAACCACCACAUCACUCACUUUCAUCUGAUCACAAGCAACGGCAGCAUGGACCUGACGUCUGCUCCGCUCAAUUUAUUCCAGGCUUUGUCGACGGAGUCGAUGUUGUUCACUUUGUGCGUUGCCCUGUGUAUUUUGCUGACUACUUUGGUCGCAUCAUACACGAGCAAACCCAGGAUUCCCCUGGGAAAAAGGCUCCCACCUGGUCCAAGAGGUCUCCCUAUCAUCGGCCACUUGCCACAUGCAAACGAAGUUUUCGAUCACAAUAAAUGCCUGGAACAUUCAAAGACUCACGGACCGGUUAUCAGGUUCAAAAUGGGAGCUAAGGACGUCGUCAUCCUUAAUGAUUUUGAGUCAAUUAAAGGAGUACUAUCAAGAAAAGAAUUGCUGAACCGGACAGAAAACUUGGUACUCAAGAGCAACAAAGUAACAGGCAUUACGGGUCUGAACGGUAACGCGUGGCUAGAAAACCGGAGAUUUUGCCUUCAUGUGCUUCGAGAUUUCGGCUUUGGAAAAAAGAGUAUGGAAGACCAUAUCGCGGAAGAAGUGGAAUACCUUGCAGAAAAGAUACGGAGCUUCCGCGGCCAUCCGGUGGAUAUCAAGGAAUACCUAGUCCCAAGCAUGUCGAACAACAUAACAGCGUUGGUGUUUGGAAGACGCUACCAAUUUGAAGAUCGAAGACGCAAGUUCUUAGACGAGCGGCUUGCGUUGCUUCUCAACGCCAUCGGACCUCGAAGUCUUUUAACAUUCAUUCCUUGCUGGGCGACGGGAUUAGCAACAUCUCUGCCUUUCACCACGUUUGGUCUAGUCCAGAAGGUGCUCGGGGAGUUCACCAAGUUUAUUUGUGAUCACGUUGAGGAUCAUGAAAGAACUCUUGAAGAAAACAGCGACCGCGACUUUAUCGACGCCUAUAUAAAAAAAAUAAGGGAGAACAAAGACAAACCAAACUCCAGUUUUCAAAUGUCAACAUUGAUCGGCAACGUUGGCAAUUUUUUCGGCGCUGGGUCCAACACCGUCAUGAUGACUGUACAUUGGCACAUUCUCAACUGCGCCGACAAAGUGGACUCCGUGCAGAGACGCAUUCAAGAGGAGAUAGACCGGGUGGUCGGACGGGAGCGUCAGCCUCGCUGGGAAGAUCACAACAAGAUGCCCUUCACCAUGGCUGUCAUACGGGAGAUGUACAGAUGGCGUACCAUUGCACCACUUAGCAUACCACGGGAAGCUGCUGCAGACGUUUCAUACAUGGAUUAUUUUAUUCCCAAGGGAACCAUCGUCAUGCCAAACCUUUACGCUGUUCACAUGGACCCUAGACACUGGAAGAACCCUAAAGAGUUCAACCCGGGCAGGUUUUUGACACAGGAUGGGUCGGCUCUUCUACACAAACCGGAGGAGCUGAUACCAUUUUCGAUUGGCAGAAGAAUGUGCCCUGGGGAGACACUGGCCACUGUCGAAGUAUUUCUAUACCUUACAAUGAUGCUGCAAAAAUUCGCCGUGCUACCUCUUGAUGGAGCCAAAGUCGACUUGGAGUCUGCUGCUAUAGCAUUCAACAUGGCUGCAGCGCAGAAGCUACGAUUUAUAAGUCGGGAGUAGAAGAGCCCUGCUUAAAUCAAGCGUUCUUUUCCUCUUUUUGCAUUAGCGUUCGCAUCUCGUUGUGUGGAUGGUGCGUUCGUGUGGUGUAACGUUUUUUUUAUUAUUAUUUCUAUGGUACUGAA